GAGAGAGAGAGAGAGAGAGAGAGAGAAUGGGAUCGUCUUCGGGUUUGAGCUUGGGUUUUGAGCCGAGUUUUACAACGAAGACGAUCGUCGGAUUUCUGAGAGAGGUUUCGUCGAUGGGAGAUUUCGGGAAGAAGCUGUCGAAGCUGGAAGAGUACGUGAAAUGCUUGGAAGAAGAGCGGAGGAAGAUCGACGUUUUUAAACGCGAGCUUCCUCUCUGCAUGAUUCUCUUAAAUGAUGCGAUCGAAGCUAUGAAAAAGGAGGAAAAGCAAUGCAGGAGUGAGAAUGAGAACGACAGGCCUAUUUUGGAGGAAUUCAUGCCUGUUAGAAGUAAAAUCGGUGAAGAUGGAGGCUUAAAAAUGGAAAAGGAUGGCGGAGAUAAGAUGAACUGGAUGAGCUCCGCUCAGCUCUGGAGUAAUAAUAAUAGUCCUGAUAAUGAUAAUAACCAUAACAAUAAGAAAAAUCAAUUAACAGAUAUGAAAAAGAAAGAGAAAGAACACAAUCAGACUAUAGACAAAAAUCUAUUUCCGGGAUGUAAUUAUAAGAGUGGGGGAGGGGCAUUUAUGCCAUUUAAGGGAUUAUCAGGGUCUCUGGUCAGUCGGAGGAAGGCAGAGGAGGCGGCGGUGCCGGCACCGAACCUCUCUCUUUUUUCUUCAGAAAUUAAGAGCCCGAAUGUCGAAUCAGGUGGUGGUAGUUUGAAUUCGAAGAGCAGUGGCAAGGAUAUGGUGUCCCCAUCAGCAACUGCCCAAUCAAACUCGCAGCCGCCGAGGAAGGCCAGGCGGUGCUGGUCACCAGAAUUACACCGCCGGUUCGUCAGUGCACUGCAGCAGCUAGGCGGUUCGCAAGUGGCCACUCCCAAGCAGAUCAGGGAAUUGAUGAAGGUGGACGGACUGACCAAUGAUGAAGUGAAGAGCCAUUUGCAGAAGUACCGGUUGCAUACCCGUAGACUUCCGGCUGCUGGGGCAGCCGUGACGAAUCAGCAGGUCGCCAUGAUGGGAGGAGUGUGGGUCCCCCGCAACAAUUACCACUCAUCAAAGCCGAUCACUUCCCAAUCGAACUCUCCACAAGGCCCGCUUCAGUUAGCCGGUGCUGCCCGAGCAAUCUCAGCUACGGGGGGUGACAGUGGCGAAGAUGAAGAUGAGAAGUCGGAGAGCUAUGGUUGGAGAGGCCACCUUCAAAGAUCAGUUGACGAAAACACAGAAUGAUGGUUUUGCAGAUGCAUAGAUAGAUCACUUGAGUUUUGCAGAUACUAUACUGGGGGAGUCGGGACUCAGGAGUAGAAUAAUACACUAUACAUUAGGAUCUUGAGAGAGAAUCUUUCAAUGAACGGAGUAUGGAGCUUUCGCCCGUGAAAUUUUGGAGGUUUUGAUAGAUAGGUUCGGUUUUGCUUUUGUUUUAUUUACUGGUUUAAGCUGUUGUAUAAGGAGCAUCGUGUAACAUCUACCAGAAAAAGACCAACAUUUCCCGAUACAUAAUCUGGUUUUGAAUAUAUACAGUUCCGUUUCCAAAGCCGAGGCUUGAAUUUUUAGCAAUCUGUGAAA